CCCAAUUACAGUAUGUCUUCAUGCGCCGUUUUCAUCUUCCUCUUCUUUUUCUCCUUUCUCACUAGCUUCAGAGUUUCUGCUCAAGAUCCCUAUUACAGACACCACAUAUGUCCGAAUACCACAACUUUCUCCAGAAACAGUACUUACUUCACCAAUCUCAGAACCCUUUUGUCCUGUCUCUCUUCCCGCAACGCAUCCUACUCCACCGGAUUUCAGAACGCCACCGCCGGACAAGCCCCGGACAGAGUCACCGGACUUUUCCUUUGCCGUGGUGACUUGUCGCUGGAAGUUUGCCGCACCUGCGUCGACUUUGCCGUUAACGACACCUUAAAUUGGUGUCCGAAUCAGAGAGAAGUCACACUGUAUUACGAUGAGUGUAUGCUCCGAUACUCUAACCGGAAUAUUCUCUCGACCCUGAGUGCUAAUAGAGAAUUUAUCUGGAUAAACAACCAGAAUGUUACAUCAAACCAAACAGGGUUCAGAGAUUUGGUCUUGUCCACGAUGAACCGAGCUUCCGCUGAAGCCGCGAGCAGUUCUAAAAAGUUCUCUACGGUAAAGUCCAAUUGGACUGCGUUCCAGAGUGUGUACGGAAUGGUUCAGUGCACUCCUGAUCUGACGAGACAAGACUGCUGGACCUGUCUGCAACAAAUCAUCAAUCAUUUGCCCACUCACAAAAUUGGGGGAAGACUUAUAGUGCCGAGCUGUAACUCAAGAUUCGAGCUUUACGCGUUCUACAACGAAUCCGCCGUUGGAACACCACCACCGGCGGUUAACACUCCUCCGGUGUCAGCUCCUCCGCCAUCUGGUCAGAGCUCUGUCUUCUUCCUCUGUUUCUCGUCUUCUUCAAAAACAGGAAAACGUGGGAAUUCAACUGUGUUAGUGGUAGCCAUUGUUGUGCCUGUUAUAGUGGCUGUUUUGCUUGUCAUAGCUGCUUAUCGUUUCCUUGCAAAUAGGGCAAAGAAGAUUUACGGGACAUCAUCUGCAUUCGAUGGAGAUGAUAUAACAACCGCAGACUCGCUGCAGCUAGAUUAUAGAAAAAUUCAAACUGCAACAAAUGAUUUUGCAGAGAGUAAUAAGAUUGGUCAAGGUGGAUUUGGUGAGGUUUACAAGGGUACAUUAUUGGAUGGGACUGAAGUUGCGGUGAAGAGACUGUCAAAAUUAUCAGGACAAGGUGAUGCAGAGUUUAAGAACGAGGUUGUUCUGGUUGCAAAGCUACUACAUAGAAAUCUAGUAAGAAUUCUCGGAUUUUGUCUACAAGGAAAAGAAAGGGUACUCGUCUACGUCUAUGUGCCCAACAAAAGCCUUGAUUACUUCUUGUUUGACCCUGCAAAGCAAGCUCAGCUGGACUGGACUCGACGAUACAAGAUUAUUGGAGGAGUUGCUAGAGGGAUUCUGUAUCUCCAUCAAGAUUCACGACUCACAAUCAUACAUCGUGACCUGAAAGCGAGUAACAUUCUCUUGGAUGCAGAUAUGAAUCCUAAAAUUGCAGAUUUUGGAAUGGCUAGGAUCUUUGGAUUGGACCAAACCCAGGAGAACACAAGCAGAAUAGUUGGUACCUAUGGUUACAUGUCUCCCGAGUAUGCAAUGCAUGGUCGGUACUCAAUGAAAUCUGAUGUCUAUAGCUUCGGAGUGUUAGUUCUUGAGAUUAUAAGCGGCAAGAAGAAUAGCAGCUUCUACCAACCAGACGGUGCACAUGACUUGGUCUCAUAUGCGUGGAGGCUUUGGAGUAAUGGGACACCGCUAGACCUCGUGGAUCCAACUACUGUACAUAAUUGCCAAAGGAAUGAAGUUGUUCGAUGUGUCCAUGUCGGUCUUUUGUGCGUUCAAGAAGAUCCUGUAGAUCGUCCGACCUUGUCAACCAUUGUUCUGAUGCUCACUAGUAAUACUGUGACAUUACCCAUGCCUAGACAACCAGGUUAUUCUUUUCAGAGUAGAUCCAGAAGAGACCCGCUUGAUACAGACCAAUUUACAACGACCAAGUCUCUUGUAGGGUCUGUUGAUGAUGCCUCGAUCACAGAAGUAUAUGCUCGUUAAAGAUGAAUAUCUUUUUACCUUCAUGCUUGAUUCCUUAAUUAGCAGGUGUUGAAAACGAUUUGGAAACUUGUUUCGUUAUAGCUGUUUGUAUUGUAAUUGUAGCCACAAUCAUAUAUGAAAUGU